GUUAACUGAGGCUUCGUGCUAGUUAGUACUCAUCAGCAAGGUUACAGCUUGUAACCUUCAUGUGCGAUUCUUGUUUUGGUUUUGGUUCAUUUUUGUAGGGAUGAAGUUAUUUUUAAGUUUAUAUAAAGAGAAUUUUUCGAAUAAAUUUUUAUUUUUGUCAGUUGUAUGUUUUCUUUAUUACGUUCUAAAUAAUUCAGAUCAUGGUGCUUACAGCUUCUACAUCAAAAGAUUUUGUCGCAACUUCAACAGUCGAUGGUGGGAUCACUGUUUGGGAUCUGUCGUACUUCAACAGAAAUUCAAUCUUGUGGAUGUAUUGAAUGCUUCGAUAGUUACUACUACUACUACCAGUGAAAUGAUUACUAAAUCUCAACUACAAGUACAUAGUGGAUGUCUACUAGUUUCUAAUUCUUCUAACAUGAAAUUUAUCAAUCUUCCACAACUUCCUAAAAUGCAUCAUUUAAUUCUUGGUUGUUGUUUACCAUAUUCAGUAUAUAAUAAAUUACACUCUUGUAUGCAUACCAUGUCAACAACUAAUAAAUUUGAGAAUGUUAAAAAUAACAAUUUUAAAAAAUAUCAACUAUGCCUUAUCAUUAUUGAAUUAACUCCAUUGAACAGUGAACAAGUUAUGUGGAUAGCUGAUUCUACUUUCUCUUCAACAACAACAACAACGCCAUUUUCUCCUAAAUCGAUAUUUCCUAAUCAAUUCAAUAUACAUUCAAUACCGAUAGAUCUUGUCAAGUUUCUUCCAUCGAUUGGUUAUGAUCAUAAUAAUAAUGAUGACGAUACAAUAGAAUAUGAAGAAUUAGGAGAUAUUGAUGAUAAUGAGAACGAAACUGAUAAUGAUGAUUAUGAAGAUGACUUUGAUGAGGAGAGUUCUGACAAGUUAAGUAGCGUACAUAUAAAUAAUAUCAUAACUGAUUCAGCACCCAAAGAUAAUAUUUCAACAUCAUCAGUCAAUUCAAAGCUUAUCGAGAAUGAUUUUUAUACGUAUAUUGGUUUGUCUAGCGUUGUUGAAGAGUUUGUAAAUUUAAAAGCUACGACGGACUGUUAUCACACAUCUUCAAGCAAUAAAUUACAACUAAAGAAAAUAUCUGCUUCAAGUUCAUCCAAUUUGUCGUCAUCAAUAAAGUACAUUGAAAAUAAACGAUCUAAUAUGAAUGAAACAACCAGUUCAUUUCUAUGCUCUGACUAUUCUGAAAAUAAAAAUGGUAAGAGUGGAUGUGUUGAGAACUUACCGAAACUUGUUGGUGUCAUACCUUUGUCAGUUACUGCUGACAGUACUAAUAAUGACCUUGAAAAUCCUAAUUUUCGUAUUUUACAAAUAUCACCACUACCAUUGCAAACAAUAUCCUUCAAUAAUGGUAAUUCCGCUUAUUCUCAAGGUAUACUUGUUUGUUGUGGCUUGUCAAGAUCAUUAUCUCAUGUAAAGCUUCAUCAUAAAACAACUACUGAUAAUCAAUCGAUUGAGGAUGGUGAUUUAUUUUUAUUCGGAUAUAAUGAAAAUGACUGUAUUCUACCUAAUUCAGUUGGUUAUCACUUAGUUAUUGAUGAAACUCCACUUUUGCACAUUAAAUUGCCUGAUCACUAUUGUCCUGUUCAAAUGGAUGUGGUAUCCAGCACUAAUGAUCUACAUAUUUGUUCUUUAAACACUUUAUACCCUUCAGUUAAAUUACAAUAUGAAUGUGGACAAUCAUGUGUAGCUGUCAACAAUACUACUUCUACUACUACUACUACCACUAAUAAUAAUUUAAAGUUUACCAUAGACUCACCUUUAAUUACCAUAGGAACAUAUGACUUAUCAUUUUGUUGUUUCAUAUUAACAGUAUACAAUUCAUUGUUACAAAUAAAUGUUUAUAAAAAUCUAUUAUGUUAUGCUCAAAUAAUAAUAUCUAAUCCAAUCUUAUCAAUUAAUGAAGAUAACAAUAAUAAUGAAAUAAAUAACAACAAUAUAUAUUGUAAUAUACAAUUUGAUACAUUCACAUAUUGUACUGGUUUAGAAAAUAUAUGUUUAGGCACUGUAAAUGGUGAAAUGUACAUCUAUCAAUUACAUAAUCAUGAAUUAUUUAAAUAUGAUAUGAAUAAACAAAAACGUAUUCAUUUAUAUAAUUCAAUAUUACCAAUUCAUCAACAUUAUAAUGAAUCUUCUAAUGAGAAAAUUGAAUUAUUCUUUCCUAUUCAUAAUCAUAAUAGUAGUCAUAGUAAUAAUAGUUAUUCAUUAAAUAAUCUAUAUGCUUAUUAUAAUUGUCCAUUAGACCAAUGUUUUAUUUUAUAUCAACUUAUUAAAACUAUUCCAUUAGAUUCAUUAAUUCAAGUGAAUUUUCCAAAUCAAAUUGGUUGGUAUGAAGUGGAACUUUUUCCAUUAUUAUCUUCUUCUACAAUAAAACCUACUACAUAUAAUUCUUUUAAUGAAGAAACAUUCAUUCAUAAUGAUAAUAAUACAAUUCAAAUACUUUCUAAAUUAGUUACACGUUAUAUACAAUUAGAAAAAGAAUCAUUUAAGAAAUCAAAAUUAACUAAUGAUAUAUUAUAUAAUAUUUCAGUAAUAUUAAAAUGUGCUACAUUAGCUGUUCAACUUAGUUUAUCAUCUAAUAUAUCUACUCAUUUAUGGGAAUUUAAUACUAAAAAUUGGUAUGAUUAUCAAAAUUUAAUGAAACAAAAUAUUGAUAAAUUGAAUAUGAAUUCAAUUAAUAAAAAUAUUAUACAUAAUGAUUAUGUAAUGUUAAAUUCUCAGAAUAUAUUAUCUGAAUAUCUAUUAGAGAUUAGUUUACCACGAGUAUAUUUAAUUUCACAUUUUAUAUUUCAUUCAACAUUAAAACAGUAUGAUAAAGUGAAAAAUCAAUCCGAUGUAUAUAUAACUCUUCUAAGAAAAAAUAUUUCAUCUAAUAAUCCUGUCAGUUUUAUUCAUAAUCCUUCAAAAACCUCAACAAAUGCCGACUGUAAUGAAUUUCAUCAUGUAUCAUCAGUUCUUGACCAUAGUUUGGUGGUACACGAUUUAAACGCCCCAUUUAUCGAUGAUGAAUACGACUGUACACAUUCGUCAGAGGACAAAGCACAAACUUCAGAUGACAAUAUCGACUUCAAUAAUGCAUUACUAUCAAAUUAUUUAAAAAUUCCUGGACGUGUGUAUCAUAUGCCUACUGAAAGCAUCAUCUCAUCAGAACGUCUUCGUGAAUUAAAUGCAAAUAUAAUUGCUGGUCCAUAUUUAUUAAGUGAUUUUCUUAGUAUGAAUGAUCGUUGUAGUAAUAUCCCAAUGACAAGUUCAGAAUUAAUUAAAUCACGUUCACGUUUAUUUUCUGUGCAUAUCAAAAUAGUUGAUGCCAAAAAUGAAACUUCUUCAAAUCUUGAUUGUCAGUCGGCUACUUCAGUUGAAAUUCAACAACCACCUUUAUUACUGUCUGAUAUAUUUGCACAAAUUGGUCUAAGUGUUCAUCAGUUUAACACCACCUGCUACUGUUAUGACCAUCCUGCUCCCCCUAAUGAUUUUGUUAAUGAAACAACAUCGUCAUCAUCAUUAUCAACUGAUCAGCUUACAAUUGUGAAUGAUAUUGAUAAUGAUGGUAAUGGACAUACAUCAUUAAAGUCGUGUAAAAUGCAUACAAUUUUACAUGAAAGGGCUCAAAUUUUAGCUAUUCUACGCUCUAUGAAACUUCAUGAAGAUUGUUUUAAUUUCCUUAGCUCAACUGAUGGUACUUGUAAACAUAAUAGUAAUAAUAAUAAUAAUAAAUGGAGAGACUUUCUUACUCAAAACUCCUACCAUCAUAAUAUCAAUUUUUCGUCAAUUAUUCUAGAUAUUUUGAAUUGGGUUGUGUUAAUGUAUCUUCAUGAGUUAGAAUUAUCAUGCGAUAUCGUAGCGAAUUUAUUAAAUUUGGCUGCAAAUAAUUAUGAGAUGUUAAUUGAAAAUGUAAUUGUACACGGUGAUCGUGAAUGUGUUCAACUUGGAACAAAAUUAUUGUUUAGUUUACUCAAAUUAGAAUUUGUCUUCCUAAAAUAUUGCUCUUCAAAUAAUUCAUCAUAUAAGAAGCCAAUGGUUUUCCAUGUAUUACGCAAUUGUCUGUCUACCGAUAGUAAAACUACUACUGAUAAUAAUAAUAAUAGUAGUAAUAGUAAAUUCAUUCGUUGGUUAUUAAUUUGUCAAACAUCAGCUGGAUGUGAAACAUUAUUCAGUUUAUUGGAUUUCAUCAUUUCUUAUUCUUUUGAUGAAUAUCGUAAUAAUUUAAAUGAUUUAAAGGUAAAAUUGUUAUUACAAAAUAAUUUAAUGACUUUACUCAAUACAGUUUCAUUGUUUCAUGAGGAUUUCAAUCGUCUACACCCUUCAUAUCAUUUACCUACAUGUCUUGGUCCACCUAUGCUAUUCAAUCUACCAAUAUGUAAUUGGACUUUCUUAGGUUCUGAAUGUUUACAAUCAACCAAUAAUAAUAAUAAAUAUCAGAAAUCAUUUCAUUCAACAAUUCCAAGUACUAGUAAUAAUAAUACUACUACUAAUACUAAUACUAAUUCUAAUCAUAAUAUAAAUUUAAAUUAUGAAAAUAUUAAAAAUUGUUAUUCUAUUAAUAAAGAUGUAAUGAAUUUUAAUGGUAUAUUUACACCGAAAAAUUAUAUAACAUUUAUAUCUGAUUCAAAAUUCAAUGAUACUAUUGAUUUAGCGCAAAAUACAAAAUUAAUAGAAACAUCAAAUCAUUUACAAAACAAUGAUAACAUUGAUAAUAAUAAUAAUAAUAAGGAUUCAUUAUAUCUACUCUCAUCUAAUUAUUCAUCUGAUGUAUCCUAUAUUAAUUUCUCUGAUAUUUUCACAUUAAUGCGAAGUAAUUUCAUUAUGAAUAUUGAUAAUUCAAAUAAUAUACAUCAUAUUAUAUUAUCAGAUUUACAAGAUUGGCCAUUCAAUGGUAUAUUAGAUGUGGAACCAUUAAAAUUUCCUUUAGAUAAAUUAUCAAUUCAAUUAAAUGAUGAUUGUGAUAUUGAACGUGUGGAUUUUUUUACUGGUGAACAAUUACCAAUAAAUGAUAAUAAUUCUUAUGUAAUAAAAUUCAAUGAAUCACAAGUUGAAACUAAUAAUGAAAAUCAUCAGUUAACAUCUAUUAUAUCUCAUCUCAUUAAUUCCAUUGAAGCUUAUCAUUUAAUAAUAUCUCGUAUGCAUCCAGGUGCACAUCGUUCAGUUACAUUUAGUACUUAUUCAUCAUCAAUAAAUUAUUUAACUGAUUUAAUUAUUCCAAUGAAUCCUUGUUUACAAUGUAUUACAUUAGAAGCUAUAUUCAUAGAUAAAUCAUUCAAGAAACCAAUAAAUUCUACAAAAUUAAUAGCUGUAUCUACUGAUAUAAGUCAUUCUGCUUUAAUAUUACGUGAUAUUUAUCCACCAAUUAAAUUUACUCAUUUACGUAUUUCUAUAGUUGGUCGAUUAGAUUGUCCAUUCACUAAAGCACGUAUUCAUUUAGGUGCAUAUUUUGGACAAAAUGGUAUAUGGGAACAAUUUAUAAAUCCUUUAAUGAAAACAAAUUCUAAUAGUAUUGAUUUAAUACAAUAUUUAGAAAGUAUUGUAUUAAAUAAAACAAUGAACUACAUUUCAAUUCAACAAUGUUUAAUGAAUACAUUAGACCAAUUUGAUAAGAAUAAAAAAAUAUCCAGUAUAUCAUUAGAUAGUGAUAAUAUCCAAAUAUCAUCACUAUAUAAACAAUGCUAUAAUUUACAAUAUCAAUUGAAUUGGAUAGAUCGUACAUUGAAUCGUUUAAGAAAAAUAUAUCAACCUGAAAAACUGCGUGAAUAUAAGAGUCGAAUUCAUCAAAUGUCUAAUGAACAGAUAAGAAUGGAUUUGUAUCCAGAUAAAGUGAAGUAUGUUUUGGAACAUUGUUUACUGUGUUUGUUAAGUCAUGCAAAUGAAAUCUGGUCAGUGAUAGAACCUCUUUCAUUAUUAUCCCAAUCAACAGGAGUUUCACCAUUAGACGAUGAUGAUUACACCUUUUUAAAUUAUGUUGAUAAGUGUUGUACAACAUUUUUAAAUGAUAUGAUUAUUCAUGGUAGUCGUUCAAUGCAAAUUCUUACAGUUGGAUUAAUGCCGAUGUUUAUGAAAAUCAACUCAAUUAUUCUACCAAUUCAUCAUACUGAUCAUAAUUAUCUUUAUAGAUUCAUUAAUGAAUUUUCUACAUUGAAAAAUAAUUUCUCACUAAUAAAAUCGAAUGAUUUACAAAUUGCAGUUACUAAUGAAUCUAGACAACAACUAUUAUUUUGGGCUAUAUUACAACGUUUAAUCCAUUCUGGAAUGUCUAAUGAUCUAUUCCAUACUUCUGUAUAUAUUCUUCAUGAUAUAUGGAAUUCCAUAGAUAAAAAUAAUAAAGAGGAUUCUUUCAACUUGGAAAUGUUUCAUAAUAUUCUAAUAAUUAUUGAUACAAUCAUAGAAAAUAGUUGUUCAUCACUACUUACUGUUCAUAAAUCUUUACAUGAUUUUUUAACAGUAUUAAAUAUGCGUCAAUUAUCAUAUAAUGGUCAAAUAGAUAUAAAUGGUUUAUUAAAAUGGCAUUAUUUUCAUCAAUUAUAUAAUAAUGAUCGAUGUAAUGCUAUAUAUCCUUAUUGUCAAACAAUAAAUACUAAAAUAACUGAUGGUAUUUAUAAAUAUAAUUUAUUAUCACAAUAUCAAUUGUGUAUUGUUUCAUUUUAUCGAUGGCAUUUAGAACAUUUAGCUAAUUUAUCAACUCAAUAUGCAGCUAAUCGUGAUUAUCAUCGCCAAAUUAUUCAGAAAGAUUUAUUCCCAUUGGGAGCAUUGUUUGUUCGACGAAAUAUUGAUUCACAGACAUCAGUAUUAAUGAGACGGUGUAUCCCAGAAGGUAUUCAACAAACCAAUACCUAUCCUAGCAAAUCUUUUAUUCCUCUGGAAACCUAUCAAAUUCCUCAACAACGAUUUCUCUGUAUGUUUGGUGAUGAUGAGUCUUCCAUUGAAAAUUCUUUAAUCCAACUAUUACAGAUUUUAACCGAUGUUACAUUAAAAUUUUUAAAUAAUCUAUUAAAUUUAUCAUCUGUGGAUAAUAGCUCUACAAUGUCAAGAGAGUCAAUUUUAUUUCAGAAUUGUUUUGUUGUCUGUCGUCUACUUGGUCGUAUCUGUUGGCAUAUUUCAGGUGAUCGAAUUCGUCAAUGUUUCAUUCCCGAAGGAAAUAUUUACAAAUCUGCACUUUUUAAAUUCCUAACUAAUUUUUGUCAACGUCUUGGUGAUCAAUCGUCUCUUUUAAAUGAUAUGAUUAUUGAAUGUUUAUGCCUUACUCUUAAUAGUGAAUGCAUUCCUGAUUGUCCACAGACCAUAAAAACAGAUAACUAUGGAAAUAUUGAAAGUAUUGAUCUUCAUAAAUCUCAAAAUAAAUCGUGGCCUUAUCCAAACAAUUCUGUGGUAAAUUAUCACCUACAACAAACUACAGAUUUAUUAUGGCACUUAUUACCUAGCCAAUUAUUGAACAGAGCACAGUCUAUUUUACUGAAACCAUUUGAUCAACAUCCCAUUGAUCAUAAUCAUACACAAAGAAACAGACUUAAUACAUGUAUAGCAACAUCAUCAAACAACAAUGGUCAUUUUGUAUUAUGUGAAAUAUUUUCUGAAUGUAUCAAUCUCAUGUUGAAAGAUGCUAAAUCUAUUGGUCAACUGAAUAAUAAUAAUAAGCUACAAUCGGUUCAUGAUAAUUUGUCUGGUCAACAUCCAUAUCUUACAAAUGUUUUGUACCUAUUCUGUGGAAUUGUUGGUGAACCAAAUUUCAAACCCUGGAAACUUACUUCAAAUGAUGAAACUUUUAAAAAAUGCCAAUGUUAUGUAAAGGCUAAUCUUCAAAUAAAUAUUCAGUUUGAAAGUUUACAAAAUGUCUUAAAAUUAUUGGAAAACUUUGUUCAAUCAAUGAAAAAGACACAAACAAUUGAUCAACAUUACUUAUCUUCAAAAUCUGUUGAAUUUUUGCGUAAUUUUUAUACAUUGUCUAUUCAUUUUUUGGCAAUAUCAGCUGAAUCAUCAGAUCUACGACUGUACAUAUUAGAAUCUUCAAGUUUUUCAAUAUUUCUAAACACUAUACUUACAGAUUAUUCACUAAGAAAUGGUGUAAAUCGUUCAUGUACAUUAGCUUUAGAAGUACUAUUCACAUGGUUUGCAUAUUCAUCAGUGAAACUAAUAAAUUCUAAUUGUCAUCCAUUUGAUAAAUUUUGUCUCGACCAAUUAAUUGGUUUGUUUCCAAAGGCAAAUACUUCAGCUCAGAUUAUUGAAGGUCCAUGUGAUUUACAAGCCGUUCUUUUAACAGCUAUAUGUUCACGUAUUAAAUCAUUCAAUCAAGCAAACACUGUUGACAGUGAUAAUAAUGAUUCUGAUUCACUCCAACAUGAAAUUCAAACAACCAUCACCACAUGUUCCAUGCAUACAAUAUCAAAUUUGCCAAUUGAUUAUCUUCUUCAACUUGUACAAAUUUUAUUAAAUUAUCUAUGUGGUCAGCUUGUUGAGUUGAAUCAACAAUCAUCAAUGAAUAAUAAUAAUAAUAAUCGGGCUUAUUUGUUAUGUUUUUCAUGUUAUACUACUGUUGUCGAUGAAGAAUAUGAAUCAUGUCAUAAAAAUUUCACCUUAUGGUCCACACUAACUAGUAAUCAUAUACGACGAAGAUUAAUUAGUGAUCCUUCUAAAAAUAUUGUACAAAAUCCGAAUGAUCAAUCUUCAACUCCUACUAAUACUACUACUACUAGUACUACUACACCAUUAUCAAAUUGUUCCUCAUCAUUUAUUCGACAAUUAACCUGUUGUUAUUUAUAUGGUUUAUGCUCUACAAGUGGAAUGUAUUCACAAAUUCUAUCCAAUAAAACAUACAAUGAUAAAUGUUUAGCAUUGAUUCUUGGAAAUCUUUGUAGAAUUCUAACAAAAACUUUCAAUAAUAUACAUGAUAAACAUGAGAUAAAAGUAUUUUUUAUCAAAAAUAUUAAAUUAUUUAUAUCCUCAUUAAAUUUUGCUCAUAUCAGUUCACCUAUGAGUACAAUGAUUACAUUAUCUUGUAUGAUUAAUGGUUGGAAAACAUUGAAACAUUUUACUCAGUUAAUUAUUAAUCAUUUUAAACCAUUUAGUAUAUGUGAUUGGUUAUUUUAUUGUGUAAUUAUUGUUAUGCAAUCUUUGGAUUUUAUGGAUUCUUCGUCGUCAUCAUCAUCAUCAAUGGUAAUGUCAAAAUCUACAGUUACAUUCAAAACAUACUUGUUACAAUCGCUUAUAUCUCCAAUUCCUUUAAAUUCAUGCCCAUUAUUUCUAUUAUUAGCUUUAUGUAUUGAAUCUAAUUUAGAAUUACACAAUAAUAAUGAUAAUAAUCAUGCAAAUAUUAUUUUCAAUACUUUUAUAAAUGAUACUAAUAAUCACAAAUCUAUUAGAUCAUCUACAUCUUCCAUUAUUUCUACAUUAUCUUCUUUUGAUAAUACAAAAUUAUAUACAAUCAAUACAAUUGAAUUAGGUCAAGCUUUAUUACAACAAUCAUUUCAUUAUAAUAUUCCAUAUUAUCAACAAUCAUCUGUAUAUAAUUUUCAAUAUUUAACUAAUUCAUUACCUAUUGGUUUAUUUGGUCCAAUUCAUUUAUUCAAACAAUCAUCAUUAGAAUUUUAUCAAAAUAUUGCCAAUUUCAAUUAUCCUUAUCAACAACGUUUACAAUCAAAACAAUCAACUCAUAUUAAUACUAAUUGUCAAUGUAUGAAUUUACUUCAAUCGAAUCAACAUAAACCUAUGAAAAUCAAUUCUUCUUCUUCUCAAGAUCAUACGAUUGAUGAUAACAAUGAAGAAAUGUAUUGUACUUCAAUGACAAAUUAUCAUAAAUCAUUUAUUGAUUUUGCGCCUAUAUCUUUUAUUUAUUCAGAUAUAUUAGAUGAACAAAUGACAUCAUUAUGUCAAACAUUAUCUAUUAUGAAUAGUCAUAAUGAUAAUUGUGAAAAUAUUAUAUUUCCAUUAUAUUUAGGUUUUUCAUCAUAUUCAUUUGCACCGAAAAUAAUGUCUACAUCAAAUCUUCUAAAUGAUGUAAACGAUUGUAAUAAUAAUACCAAUAAUAAUACUAAUAAUAAUAAUAAUGAUAAUAACCAUUCUUCAAAUCAAAUUCCGGAAAACUUCAAUUUGUCAGAUUUUAUUAAAACUAAUUUUGUUUUUCAUAGUAAUAAAGAAUCAUUACAGAUUAUUGUAAGAUUUCCAUUUUUAGUACAAUUAGAAUGUGUACAGUUGUCAGUGAUGAAUCCAUUUCAAUCAGCCAGUCAUGUGACAAUUGAGGUGGAACUAUAUCGCGAUUUACCUGGUGGUUCUCGACGAACAUUUAUCAGUGCACAUAAAAGUAACGAGCCAUCAUUGUCAAAACUUCAUACGAUCAAUUUUCCACCACGGUUGAUAUCACAUGUUUUAAUAAGACUGUAUCAUGCUCAGAAUUACAAUAAAACUCUUCGUGUGAACACUUUACGCUUAUUAGGAAGACACGCAAAUGAUAAUAGACUGUUGUUCACAGAAACUUGUGAAAAUAGCUACACAAAUGCAAAUAAUUUAGCUGUUGAGAAUUCGUUAAAUAAAAUCAGACCAAUUGUUUUAUUACAUCUGUUACAUAAUGAAAUGCUUUCACAAUUAUUACCAAAUAUAUUCUAUUCAUAUCAAUUUAUCAAUUCAUUAUUACACUGUUUACAUAUUGUUAGUUCAGAUAAAGUAUUAUCAAUGUGUACACGUCAAUUAAUACAAAUGGUUGCAUGUCAUAAUCAAAUUUUUGAAAUGAUCAGUCAUAUAUAUAAUUUUACCAGUGAUUGUUCAUCUGAUAAUGAAAAUAAGAUAUUACAAAAUGAAUGGUUUUAUUCACCUAUCGGUUAUAUUAAUGAAGCUGAUAUGUUUUGGAAAUUAUGUCCUUCAUCAGCUGUAUUAUGUGAACGUAUUUUACUUGGAUUAUUGGUUAAUACAGAUAAUGGUAGUAGAAAUAGUCUUGCUAAUUAUAUAUUAACCAAAUUACUAAAUGGUAAUAACGACGAUGACUUAAUAAUAAACUGUGAAGAUGUAUCAUUCACAAGUGUGUCGAAAUCAAAUCAGGAUAUAGAUAAUGAAUUCAAUUCAUCUUAUUGGUAUGGUCCAUUAGCUUCAUUAACAUCUACACCAAAUCAACGUUUAUUUGCAUGGUUAUGUUUACAUCAAGAUGCUGGACAAUCUACACGUAUUGAACGAAUCAUUAAUUGGUUAAGUCACUUCAAUGAAUCUAUGAUAAAACAAGAUAUUCUUUCUCAUAAUCGUCAAUUAUUGAAUCAUUGGUCUCAAUUAAUAUUGAUUUUUUCAAGUGUUUUAUGGAGUUUAAGUAGUGUUACUACCACUACUACUACUACUACUACUACUACUACUACUACUACUACUACUACUACUACUACUACUACUACUACUACUACUACUACUACUACUACUACUACUACUACUACUACUACUACUACUACUACUACUACUACUACUACUACUACUACUACUACUACUACAGCAAUAGAAAUGAAUCAAUGUUCAAAUUUAUGGCAAAAAUAUGUGACAAUUGAUUUUAUUAGUUCUAUUUAUGAUUUAUACAUCUCAAUUAUAAAACAUUAUCAAAUUGAUCUAUCUAUGAAUGAUAUUGAUAAUGAUGAUAAUACUAAGAACUUAAUCGUUGAAAUUAAACAAUUUACCAAAGUACUAAUCAAUUUAAUGUGCUCUUUAUGUACAAUCCAACCAAAUGUCAUCUCUAUACUUUUAUCAAAACUUUUAAUAAUUCCUACAACAAAUUCAUUAUUUAAUCAAUAUGAUAAAUUAUUAUUCAAUAGUCAAUUGAAAGUAUUCAGUUCAAUUCUAUCAUCAGAUCAUAUUGUUUAUUCUAUUUUCUCAAUUAAUAAAUCGAUUAAUACAACAGAUCCAUUUAUAUCAGAUAACUUCUUUUAUAAUUGUUGUACAUGGUUAUCAAAUUAUUUCUCAAUCAUGAAUAAUUCUGAAUCUUCUACUUUAUAUUCUUCUACUAGAUCAAUUCUUACCAUUGAUUUAGCUCUUAGAUAUUUAUAUAUAUUAAAUUAUUUCAUGCAAUCAAAUCAAUCUACAAUAUUACGAAUUAUUCUUGGACAAUUAAUCUGUGAACAUUUAUUUCCAAGUGUAUUUUCUUAUUUUACUAUGAUAUUAUCAUCAUCAUCAUCAUCAUCUUUAUUUCAAUCUAUAUCACUGAAUAAUUUGUAUAAUAAUCAUUUUAGUUCAAGUAUUUAUGAGAUUCAUCAACUUCAGCAAGCUAUAAUUACUUUAUAUCAAACAGUUAAAUUAUCAAUGUCAUUUUCAAAAUCAUCUAAACAAUUUAAUUCAUAUCAGUUGAAUUUAGAAAGUUCAAAGUUGAAAAUGAAUUGUUUAACUGAUCGUUUAAUUGAAACAUUUAAAGAAUCAUUUAUGAAGCAAAAUUUCAAACUAUCCAAUUUUAUAUCUGAACUAUUAUUGGCACAACCUUUAUCAUUAACACCUGUACCAUUUAAACAAACAAUUGCAGUAUUCGCAGUCACUUCAAAUCAUCCACACGCAUCGACUGAUUUGCCAUGGCCUAUAACUGGUCCACCAGUUGCAUUCAAUAUUCAGUCAUCUGAACUACCUAAAUCUGGAUUAGUUACAUUUUUAUGCAGAGAAAUCCAUCAGUCUGUUUCAAAUAACAACCUAGACUAUUCCAUUCAUCCUAGUCUUUCAACCGCUUUAUUAUUGAUCAAUAUUUAUCAUCCACCAGAAUACACUGGAACUAAUCAUUAUGAAUUUGAAAGAAGAAUUUUAGUGAAACAUUUGAGAUUAAUAAUUUAUCAUUUAUUGCAUCCGUUCACAAUGAAUCGCACUAGUAGUACUACUAAUAAUAGUAGUAUCAAUAGAAAUGUAUCAAGUUCAACUGAAAUAAAUACAAUCAAUGAUUUUGAAUUAUGUCUUAUUCAACAUACACCAAAUAUUGGUCACAUUAUAUCACCUAUUGAUUGGGAUAAUGGUAUAUUUUUACCAGAAGGUUAUACAGAUAAUUGGACUAUGGAACAAUUGAAUAAAUUCACUGAUGAUCAUCCACUUGUGAUUAAUCAGUCUCGUCUACUUUGUUUAUUAAUUCGACCAUGUGAACAUGCUAAAUUUGCAUUUCAUCCACCAAAAGCAGUAACUGAACCAUCAUCAUCAUUAAUAAAAGAAUUCCAAGAGACUAAUUCCACACCUUCUUGUUAUUAUUUAAUAAAAACAUUUCAAUCAUCAUUUAUAUGUGAAUUUUUAAAAUCUGGUCUAUUACAUUUUAUAGCAAAUUCUAUUGUUCAUUGGCGUAUUCCAUGUUUAUUAAAUAAUGUACAACGAAAAAGAGAAAAUUCUAUUUUAUCAUCAUUAGAAACUCCUCCUCCUCCUCCUCCUCCUCCUACUACUACUACUACUACUACUACUACUACUACUACUUCUACUACUACUACUACUACGACUACUACUACUAAUUCUAGUAUUAGUACAACUACUAAUACUACUACUACUACUAAUAAUAAUAAUCAUAAUAAUAAUACUAGCAAUAAUAAUAAUAAUAAUACUUGGAAUCAAUCUAUAAGACAAUUUCAUUCUUAUAUUACUUUCUAUUUUAAUAAAUUUUCAAUAAAUAUUCCCAAUAAAUUCUAUAAUUAUAAAUUAGAUCACUUAAUAAUUAAUAAUUAUCAAUCCAUUCCAAUAAACAGUAAUCUUGAUAAUAUUGAAACAAUGAACAUGAUUCUGCCAAUACAUUGUAUCAUUACUUAUAUAUUAUUAUUAAGAAUAACAGAUUAUGAUUAUAAUUUAUUAAACUUAAUUCAAUCAUCAAUGAAAAUUAUGGAAUUAAUGAUUAAAUAUCAAUUAAAUUUAGUUUAUGUGCCAAGUUAUUUAAUUCAAUUAGCUAAUAAAUAUUCUAAUUUAUCAUUAUGGACAGAUGAUAAUCAAACUUUUCAUAUAAAUAAUUAUCCUACUUAUAAUUUACAAAGUAGUAAUUUAAUUCAUUCAAAUAUUUUACCAUUUCAAUGUUUAUGUUAUUUAUACGAUAAUAAUGAUAAUAAUAAUAGUAAUGUUCGUGGUAAUGGUCAUCAAUCUCUAUGGGAACUACGUUGGAUACAUUUAAAUUCUGGUGUAUUACAGCUUAUCUUAAGUUUCAUGUAUGUUUUAUCUCAUGGUUCAUGUGUAAAUCUACCGCAAAGAUUUGAUGUGAAUGAAGUGAAAACAUUUAUUCAUUCAAUUCAGUUAGAUUGUAAUAAUAAUAAUAAUAAUAAUAAUAAUAAUAAUAAUAAUAAUAAUAAUAAUAAUAAUAAUAUUGAUGAAGAUGAUUCAUUAUCGCUAACUAUUCAAUCAAUCAAUGAACUUUAUAUACAUUUUAUUAAACCAGCUUGUAUAGAUUUCGAACGUGAAUUAUUUCCUUCAAUCACAGUAUCUAAUCAAGAUAAUAAUAAUAAAAAGUGUAAACAAAACACAAAUUAUCAAUCAUCUCAUACUAAUUUCAAUUUAAUACCUUCAUCAUCUGGAUUAAUAUCUGAUAAAAUAAAUUCUAAUUUAUGGGCAAAAGGUACAGGUUUUGCUACAACACCUACAAUAAAUGAAACAUCAAUUAUAAAUGAUCAUUCAAAUCAUAAUCAUAAUUUUCAAUCUAAAUGGAUCCGAUCAAAACUUCAACGUGAAGAUCAAUAUGCAAUUAUAUUAUGUAAUACAUUGAGUGGAUAUUUGUCUACAUUUAUGCAAAAUUUAAUCAAUACUGAUCAAUUAUUCGAAUUAAUUAUUAUUUAUUUUAUUCAUAAAUUUAAUUUAAUUAAUUUUAUCAUUAAUUAUUUACGUAAUGAUUCUAUCACAGAAAUAAUUAAUCGUCAUUUAUUAUAUCAAUCAAUAUUUCAAUUAAUUCGUAGUAUUAUUUUAUGUCCUCGAUUACAUUGGUUAUUAACAAUGAUUCAAAGUGAUUUAAACAAUGAUAAUCUUGUUCAUUAUAAUGAUAAUUUAUAUGAAUGUUUCAUUUUACAAUCAUUUCAUUCAUUUCAAUUAUAUUGGCAAAAUAUUAAUUUGAAUGAUAAUAAUGAUGUUGAUGAUGAUGAUGAUGAUGGUGACGAUGAUAGUUUAGUGGAGAAUUUAAAUUCAUCAUGUAUUAUUGUCUUAGUGAAACAUAUACUAUUCUAUUUGUCAAAAUAUAAGGAACAGUUAAACAAAUUGGGAUUGAUAAUUGAGCCUUCUGAAUCGGAGCAACCGUCAAAACAAAUUACCUCUAAGUCCAACAUUGAAUUACACCCAACUAGUCCUACCAAUACACAUAUUAGUAGUGGUGGUCUUAUUCGCCGUUCAUCAAUACGAUAUCGUAAUUUUCGUAAACAGCACAUUAAUGAAAAUUUACUAAAAAAUAUACAUUUUAAAAGUCAAAACGUGUAUAAAUCAUCCCAAACAUUCAACACUACUGAUAUUAUUAAUUCUCAUUGUUCAACUUCUAAAACCUAUGGUUUAUUACAACUGAAAUCUGGUUUCUAUGAUCAGUUCGACGUUAGUGACAGUAAUACUAAUCAAAUGAGUGGUGGAGACAGAGAUCAACUUUAUACGUUAAUAGAAAGUAAUGUUGAGAUCAACUGUGGUGAUGACGAUGAUAAUCUUAACACUGCUUCUGAAAAUGUUCAUGAUAUUCAUUCCGAGAUAGAAAAAGAACAGGACGAAAACGGAAAUGUUCAUUGUGAGAUUAUUAAAGAUUUAACCGAAAAUGCUAAUCAUUCUCAAUCGAUUAGUAAAGAGAAUAAUCUUGUAAAUGGUGAAUUUCAUAGUCAUUUUCAAAAUGAUAUAUUGGAUGAUAAUCCUGAAAGUACUAACCAUGAAUUCAACAGUGAUAGCAGUUCAACAUAUGUAAAUCAAGAGAUCCUAAUCAUUUUUAAUGAACUAGAAACCACAUAUAAACUGCUUAAAUUAAUUUUGAAAUAUCAACAGUGCUCUGGAAAUAAAUCAUUAAUAAUGAUGAAUAAAUGUCAUCAUAAUGAGGAAGAUAAAUUUACUAAUAAUGAUUACAAAACUACUUCACAUGAAUUACGAUCAACUGAAUAUGGUAACGGCAGUGAUAGGAAUGGUACACUACAGAUUCAAACUUCAUCAAUUAAUUCAAAAAAGCUUACAACCAAUAAUGCUUAUUGUACAGCUUUAAAAUCUAUACACUUUCGUACGAUCAAAUUUUUUUCACCUUCCGUGAAUAAUACUGUUUCUUCAAUAGUCCCACAUGGAUAUGCGAAUUUAUGUGCUCAACAUGAAGGUUUCAUCUUAAUUAACAGUUUUAAUACAAAAAAAUUAUUCAUUUAUUCCGCGUCCACCUCUACCUCUGGACUAAAUCCUGAUCAAUCUCAUAAACUGUCAACGGUUACUUCUACCACUACUAGUUCUCAAUUGAAAAUAACCCCAAAAAAUCGAUCAUUUCAUCGGUUGCAACGUCUCGCUCAAGAAAUUGUAACAUUGAAUACUAGUUUACCAUUGUCCGAAAAUGCUAGUGUGUUUAUUUGCUGUGAAGAAAAUCAUUUGUGUUUAUUAAAGGCACUAAUUACUGGACCUCCUGAUACUCCAUAUGCAAAUGGAUGUUUUGAAUUUGACAUAUACACACCACCAGAUUAUCCAAAUCAGCCGCCUUUAGUUGAAUUUUGUACAACAGCGAAAAAUACAUUCCGUUUUAAUCCAAACCUGUAUGAAGAUGGCAAAGUAUGCUUGUCAGUGCUGAAUACAUGGCAUGGAUCAACCGAAGAACGAUGGAACCCUCAAACAUCAAGUUUAUUACAAGUAUUAGUAUCAAUUCAAUCGUUAAUUUUCGUACGUGAACCUUAUUUUAAUGAACCGGGUUUCGAGUGUACCAUGGGAACGCCUAAAGGCAUAAUUGUCAGUUACAAAUAUAAUGCUCGUAUUCGUGUUGCAACUGUUCGUUGGGCUAUGAUUAAUCAAUUAAAGCAUUUACCAAUUGGUUUUGAAGAGGUAGUUUUAAAACAUUUUCUAAAUCGACGUUCAUUUAUUAUUACUCAAGUUGAACAAUGGAUAUUUGAAAUGCGUAAUCAUGCACAAUUUAAGAGCGUAGAAAUCUAUGUCAAAGAGCUUGAAGAUUCUUUACCCAUCUUGAAAACGGAACUUAAUCGUCUAGAAGAACGUCUUACUGAUUGGAAUGAAAAACAUAGUCAAAUGUAAUAUAUCUCAAUGAAAAGGUAAUACCAGAGUAUAUAUGUAUGUAUAAAUUAUAUAUAUUUGAAAUACAAUAAUUAUGCUUACUAACUUGUUUAUUAUUUCUUACUUUCCAAUCUUCAUUGUACACAUUGAUUCUUGUAAAUUAGCUUACACUUUCCCUUUUCUUUUCUUUUAAUGUAUGUAAAUCAUGCACAUAAAGAUGGGUAACUAUAAGCAAACAAUUAUCUUUCAAUGUUUAACAUUAUUAUUAUUAUUAUUGUUAUUAUUAUUAUUGGUGGUAGUAGUGCUAGUAGCAAUAGUAGUCGUAGUAGUAUUGUGAAGAUAUCUAUUUUCUAAACGGCUUUUUUUAAAACUUUGAUUCAUUUAUUAAUUUUGCCUAAUAUUCAAUCCUGUUAGUGAAAUGUAUAUCUAGUGUGAUGUUUUGUCUUUUAAUUUUGUGCAUCUUUAAUUUCUUCUCAGUUUAUUUAUAUUCUCAUUUGAUUCUUUUAUGAAAAUGACAAAUUUACUGUUUAUCCGGGUAUGUUUACGAUUGUAUAACAGUUAUGUAUUUGCUUUUACUGUUAUACUUUAUUUUUUUGAAAGGAUUCUACGAUCAGUAGCUGACAUAAAUUAAAUGUUUUUUUCACUGG